AUGCGCACACUUCGUGAAGCCCGAUCACCACAUACCGUCCAGGGUCGUCUGAGAGAUCACGCCGUAAACGCCUUCCACGUCUUCGAGAAAGUCAUCUUCGCGGACAAGUUGAAGCGGCAUGUUCGUCUGAGAUGGGACCAUCUGCCCGGAGACGUCACCGGUGCUACGUUCAAGCCAGAUUUCAUCUCGCCAGAUCUGCCCACCAUCACCAUAUGCCUCAACGCGGACGUCCUCCGCAACGGAUCACAGGACGACAUCAUUGCCAGCCUCCUUCACCAGAUGAUCCACGCAUAUUUCCUCGCAGUGUGCAAACAAACCAAGACAAAGGAGGGUACGGACGAACGUCUCGACCACGGGAAACAUUUUGGCGCAAUCAUGUACGAGAUCAAGAACGCGGCUGCCAAGGCGCAGAGCUCACGCCAUGCACUGCCUCUGAACUUCGGCCAGAAGGCGCUUUAUCCUCUGUAUGACGGUUGGCAAGGACAUCUCCGAGGGCUGCAGUACGGCUAUGACCUAGUCGGCCUCCGGGAUCUAGAUCUGGACUGCAGUGACUGCCAGACAGACAUCAAGACCAUCGAGGCAGCCGACGCCGACAGCUGGUACUCCAAGACCUGCGAGCCCGCGUACAAGCGCGAGACAACCGUACAUUGUGUCACGGUCGAUGGCGCGCUGGUUGGUUCACCGCGUGAAAUGGCUACGCCGGCAGAAGACUGGGUCGAGUUCAUCUACGACGAGAAAGCGGUGACAAUCCCACGCUACCGAGCCGAGAAGCACGACUCUCUAAGGAAGCAUUUCGCGGACGACAAGCGGGAGCUGCGAAUCCCUGCAAUCCCUGGGGAUGUCUUUUUCAUGUUCUGCAAAUUUGUCCUCCAGCACUCAUAUGGCCCAGACAUCUCCAGAGUCCAGGAAAAGGAUGGCAAGGGCCCUCCCAUUAUCCGCACAUACGAGAAGGACUCCACGAAGUACCUCGUUCCAGACAUUCAAAUGUACAAACUCGGCAAAGCGGUCGGCUUCGACGAGCUCUCCAAAGCAGCCCUCAAGCGCCUCAACGACCAACACUUCACCCACAAUGAUCCCGUAGCUGCACUCAAGGAGAUCUAUGACCCCAAGACCUUCUACGCCUUCGCCGUCUCCAAAGACGAGGACAAGGUCAAGGACAAGGAUAAGAAAGAUCCGCCCUCCCCCGACUCUACCCUCCGCGACUGGGCUCUCUCCUUCCUAAAACGCCACACAACCCCGAAACCCACUCACGCCUUCCUGACAACCUCCAAUCUCCAGGCGCUCCAGUCCUUCAAAUCGGACAAUGACGAUGGUCCGUCCUUCGCCGCCCUCUGUGCCGCCUCCGAGCCGCUCGCCAAAGACGUAGCAAAGGCCCAGGAACACUUUGCUACCCUCGGCUACGCGCCGUUGCCCUUGCCGAAGGACGUGUGGAACCUCGCGGGGCUGUACGGCGCCCUGCCCACAAUCCCGAGCUGGCCUACAGCACCAGGACCAGUACCAGGACCAGUACCAGGGAUCGGGUACCCGGUUCCGCUCCACCCACACGCUCUCGCCACCCUACCGGGACGCUAUGCGCCCCCGCCCUUGCAGCCUCACCCGCAGAUCCUCGCGCCUGGCUAUGUGGGUGCUGUGGAGCCGGGAAGGUGGAGCGAGGCAUUCAAGGAUCCAAUGUCGGGGCUGUGGCUUAGGGUCAGAGGCGGGACGGGCGAGGCGGUUGUGUGGGAUGAGGGGAGGGGAGAUUAUGUGCCGGUGAGGAGGGUUGAAGGAGUUGAUGGGGUUGGGGGGGUGGGACCGUGGAUGUAUGUUGAUUUGUGA